UUUUUACCAACCUCCACGUGCAGCGUGUUUUGAUAUAUAAUAAUGUCUUUGUAACCUAUUUAUGUAAAUAAAACAUAAAAAAAUUAUAUUUUUUACGUCAGUAGCUGAAAAAUAAUUAUUACCCAAAAAAAAAAAAAAAAAAAACUAGUGAAACAAUAAUGAGGAACUUGACAGUUAGCAGUCAUGUCAUUGCUGACUUACAGGAUCAGUUUAUUCCUUCAGGACUACCCGACAGUGUUAGUUGCUGCUUGGACCCAAUAAAUGACAAUUUAUUUGUAGUGGAUGCAAAUAAUAUUUAUUUAAUCUGUAAAAAUGAAAUGGGAUUUGAAGUACUCAAAAAAACAGGUAUUAAUGACAACACUGAAGCUAAGCCAGUUGGAAUCCAAUACUGGAGUGACAACGAGACUCUUUACUGCGCUUACGACAACGGCGACCUGAUAAAAGUAUCUCCCAAUGAACCAUUUGACCACCAAGUCGCUGCUCAUAUCGACGGCGGUAUAGAGUGCAUUCAACUCAGUCCAGACCAAGAAAUUCUCGUUUUAGUGACCAAGAACCACCAGGUCUACACCAUGAUCUCCAGUUUGCAGGUGAUGUCAGAAGCGGAUUUGACUGCUGAGGAGUUUGGAGACAAACAGUUUGUAACUGUCGGGUGGGGAAAGAAAGAAACUCAAUUUCAUGGGUCUGAAGGUAAGGCUGCGGCUGUAGCCAAAGCUCUUAUCAUCGGCAAGACUGAUAAAGAUACCAAAAAAUCAUCAAUAACUUGGCGAGGAGACGGAACUUUAUUCGCGGUGAGUUUUUUUCACGAGGAAGUCGACGUGAGAUUAUUCAAAAUUUUCAACCGGGAGGGAGUGCUUCAGUACACGAGCGAGCUGACUCACAGGCUGGAGGAAUUUAUCGCCUGGAAGCCGUCAGGAAAUUACAUCGCAGCGACGCAGAGGCUGGAGGAUAAAUACGUGGUGGGUUUGCUUGAAAAAAACGGACUCAAGCAUCGAGAGUUCACUCUGCCGUUCAGCCCCACGGAAGUUGAUGUUAAAAGUUUACUCUGGAGUCCAGACUCGGAGAUUCUCGUGGUAGAAUGCAAGAGCCUGCUUGCUGAUAGUUCUUGCAGCCAGUACUUACAAUUGUGGACGGUUAAUAAUUACCACUGGUACUUGAAGCAGAGCAUUGGCUUCAGUGAAGACGACCCGCUGAUUUAUUACACCUGGAGCUCGGCACCACGUGCUCGCAAACGCUUAAUAACGAUGACGAAGCUUAAGUGUAUGAUUUACUCGUUCAGAUGGACGAUUAAUCACAGCCGCGGGAUGAGCGACACCGAUAAAAGUGUCGUUGGUGUUAUUGACGGUGACAAACUAUUGGUAACUGGGUUCAGAGUGGGCAUCGUGCCACCACCCAUGUCCCACAAGUCUGUGGAAGUUGAUUGCGCUAUUAAUGAAUGUAUCUUUGCUUACUCUUGUCAUAAUGACAGUGACACUGACUCUUGGAUUGAUUCCAAUUCAUUUUUCUUGCUGUUACAAAAUAAUAAACUGGCGCUAUGUUUAUUUAUUCGGGACGAGUUUCCGCUCGAGUACCAAUACAUCAGAUCAUACAAAAUUGAAUGGGAUGAGGAAGCUGCACCGCUAGAAUUGAAAAUAGAAGAAUUAAAUUACUCGCUACAUCAUUUUCUAUGGCUGAAAGAAAAUACAAUGUUGUGUUCAUUGUCACACGGAGAUCAUUGUUAUUUAUGCGUUCUUGAUUUAAUAAACGUUCAUAAAGAUCAAGAUGAUGGACGGAUAAUAAUUAGAGAGGCAUUGAUGAUGCACGAACACAUCCAGCACAUCGUGGCAUCGCCAGGUGACAUGAAUGACACAGCUUACCUGGUGGUAGGCAAUCAAGUGCUAAAAUACAUCCACGGUGAAGGUGCUGUGCCGACAGAAAUAAUUAUCCCGGAAUCUUGUGAUCAAGUGGAGGUCGUGGAGAUCGAGAAACGUCAUGUUAUCGUCAUGCUUGGUUGUACAAACCGUCUGUACGUUGACGGCACAGAAGUCGCUAACAACAUCAACAGUAUUUGUAUUCACUCGGAUUUUCUUUUACUUACGACUCUGCAACACGCGCUUGUUUGUGUCGCCAUGAAUGCUGAUGGAUUCAGUAAACUUUCCAUGUCUAAUUUGUCUCUCAAGUCAUGGGGGACUGGACAAACUGAACAUACUACUGGAGGUUUAAGUAUGAGACGACUCGAGCGAACAUCAAGCUUAAUAAUGGCAAUUCCCGGAGACUCGCGUGCGAUUCUCCAAAUGAAACGCGGAAAUCUAGAAACCAUCCAACCGCGACCUUUAAACUUACACAUAAUAAAAAGCCACUUAAGCUGCCUCAAUUACUUCACGGCAUUCGACAUAAUGCGCAAACAGCGCAUAAACCUGAACCUGAUCUACGACCACAACCCUCGAAUGUUCGUAGAAAACACUGAGAAAUUCAUCGACGAAAUAAAGAACCCCUGCUGGCUGAACCUUUUUAUCUCCGAGCUCCACGAGGAAGACGUCACAGAAACGCUCUACAGUUCUUGUUACACUGACCAAGAAAACGAGUCAAGAAAAUCCGAGGACAUUCCGGAGGAAGGAAAAGUCGAGAAAAUUUGCCAGUUAUUAAGAUGCAUUAUGGAAAAAAAAUCCGAGACUCGCAAUCUUAUCCAGCCAAUUUUAACCUGUCUUGUAAAAAACAAGCACACUCCAGGAUUAGAAGCAGCUUUGAGAAAAAUUAAGGAGUUUAAGUCCAAAGAAGGAACUAAUUCUUCUCGCCAGUCUGCAGAAGAAGCCUUAAAAUAUCUACUGUACCUAGUAGACGUUGAUGUGCUCUACGACAUUGCUCUAGGAAUGUACGACCUCGAGCUAGCUAAAUUCGUAGCUUCUAAAUCUUUUAAAGAUCCUAAAGAAUAUUUACCGUAUUUAAAUGGGCUUGCUAAUCUCGAAGAAAAUUAUCGCAAGUUUAAAAUUGAUAAAGAUCUAAAGCGAUACGAGUCUGCAUUAGAUAAUAUUGCGAAGCGUUUGGAUAAAUUUGACGAGUGUAUCAAUUUAAUUUGCAAUUACGAUCUCUUUGCAAAGGCAAUUAAAUUGUUUCCGAAGGACGGGAAGGAGUAUAAGGAAAUUGCGAGAAUUUAUGCAGAAAAUCUGAUGAGAAAUAAACGGUACCGCGAAGCCGGGUUGAUGUUCCAGCGGAGCGGAGAAUUGGAGCGCGCUUUGCAGGUCCACAAGACAGCUGGUAGUUGGCAAGACGCCAUUAUAGUGGCCACUAAAAUGAAGAUGAAUCCUGGGGAGCUAAAUGUUCUCUACCAAGAUCUUGUCACGCAGCUGCGCGAGGAGAAGAAGUUCCGCGAGGCAGCUGAGAUAUGUCUGACUUAUCUAAACCAUGUUGAAGAAGCUGUGUCACUUUUGAGCGAAGGCAAAGAGUGGAGAGACGCGCUGAGAAUCGCUCACUCGUUUAAAAGGCUUGAUUUGAUUGAGACACAUGUCCAGCCUGGCUCGCAUGAGCAUGCAAUAGAGAUUUAUUUUAGAAUUAACAAAAAUAAGGAGGAUUUUUUGAAGCACAAGCGACGAUUGAUGAUUGUGAGGAAGGAAAAGGCGAAAAAACAGGCGCUUAUGAUUGAAGCUUUGGAAGAAGAGCGCGGAAAUGUGGGGAGAGACUUCAGCGAUUUUCUUAGCGAGACUAGCAGUGUGGCUGGAUCUGCUGCGAGUGGCAGUUCCAGGAGCUCCAGGUGCUCGGGAAGAAGCUACAGGUCCGGGAAAAAUAGACGCAAGCAUGAAAGAAAGGUCCUGGAUAUCAAAGAAGGAAGCGCUUAUGAAGAUCUUGGAUUGAUUCGAGCGCUUCAUGUUAUUAUUGCGAAUACUUACUUGCAACGUGAGGAGGUUCAUGCGGUUAAUAGAGUACUGCUGCAGUUCUUCUUUGAUGAGCUCGCGGAGAAGUUACAGAAUGCGCUGAAGGAUUUGCUGGGUCUUAUUGAGAAGAGCAAGCAUGAGAUUUGGGUCAAGGUGGCUGAUGAUGAUAAUGAUCCGAAUAAAUUGCAGAGUUGUUUGUUGGAAGCUAAGUUUACUUAUCCACCAGAAGCAGGCUCCAGCCAGUGGUCGCUUGAUUUAUUUCCACAUUCUAGAAAUUUAACUUAGAUAUUUUUUAGGGGGUAGAAGUACUGUUUGUGGACAGUGGACCCUUUUUUGGACACUUUAUUUUUUAAUUAUUGGAUAAAUAUUUUUAUAAGUGCAAGACUAUGAAUUCAAUGAGUAUAAAUGGAGUAAUUCAUAAAUUCUAUUUGGAUAAGGUAAAAGAUCCAGUUACUGACACUGGCACUGGUCUAGUUGUUUGACACUCGCAAUUUUAUUCUAAUUGAAAAAAAUAAAAUGUUCUUAAAA